GGCUUGAAACAGGAGAAAAACAAGAGACUGAUUAACACAGCAGGAGUGCAUCCCAAAGAUUCUUCGUUUAAACAUCCCAGGUCUGAUGCGAAGACGGAGGUGAAGCAGGGUGAGAAAGUCGUUCGAACGCGGCAGAUGUUUAUGUUCAGUACUGAAGCAAGAAUUUGAAGAUAAAUAAUUGAGAUGGACAAUCCGGGUCCUUUUUAUCCACACUUUAUCAAGUAAUUUGUGACGACGUGCAGAUCGAAGAUUGCAUUUCGGAGGAUUCUCAAGAAUAACUACAUAUUCCAGAAAGUAUUCUUCUAUCAGAAAGUGGCCAUAUCUGUGGAACCAGAGUACUUAAUGGGUAUGUGUCUUGUUUUAAAUCAUAUGUAAAAUGUGCUCUCAUAUAUAUAUUGUUUGUUAAACAAAGUGUUUUAACUGUUUAAGUUAAUUAUGGAGUGGCUGCAAAGGAUUGCUGCCAGAUCUAAUAGAGAUCUUUCUGUAAAAGGUGUUAACCCAGAAAGUAUUUGGGAUGACUGUUUAUUGAAAUUGAUAGAUGGAUUAAGUGAGAUAGAGCACAACAAUGUAUUUAAAAAGGAAAGUCAAAAAGUUGCAUUACUGGCAAAGAGCUUUUUGGAAACUAAUGAUGCAAUGAAUGAAUGGUGUCAACUUAAAAAGACCAGUAAUUGUUAUGUAUGUAGUACAACAAAACAAAAAAGGGAUGUUUUGUUAAAACAACUGAAAAAUGUAUGUGUUGUCACAAGGACUAGUUAUUUCCCUAGCCCCCCCAGCAAAACUGUGAAAUCUCCACAAAAGCUGUUAACAGAAGGGAGAUUGCCCCCAAGGCUCUCUUUUGAUAGUGACUUGGAAUCCACGUUAACUGAAACAAAAACUCAAAUAGAAAAUUCUCGGCAAUUGUUGAAAAGUUUUAGUAGGGAUCAAGAAAAUGAAGAUAUUAAUAUAAUGAAAGAAAUGCUUAGAAAUCAGACUGAUUUGUUAGAUAGAACCCAUAAAACCCUGUCUCAUAUGUCUAAAGAAUUAGACAUAAAUGUUACUAAUUUUGACAAUUUGCAGAGACAGAUUACUAAUCUGGGUAGUGCUACAGAUAUUUUGUGGAAAGCUACAAAUCAGAAAGAUUUGGAUUUUACUUUGAAAGAGGAAAGUGAAAAUGAAAUAGCUCAAAGGUUAAGUUGUGAAAACGGGCAGGCGAGAAGUGAAAUAGAAAAUAAAUUGGGAAAUGUACAAGGAAAGGGUCAGUUGGAUAUUCUCAAAUUAGCUAAAUUGAUUAAGGAUUUGCCUAAAUAUGAUGAAAAAAGAGGACCUUUUUACAAUAUGAGUGUUUUUGAAGGUGAAAUGAAUAAAAGACAAUUUGAUGAUGUGGUAGCCACAAGAGGUCUUUUGAUCUGGCUGCCAACUUCAUUAAGUGAAUGGGUUAAAGUUAAACUCAUUGAUGUGUUGGAAGAGAAGUCAAGUGAAAAGCCCCGAGUUGAGUUGGAGGAAUUGUUUCCAAACAAUACACAGAGAUUGCUAAUGGUGGUACAGUGUGCAACUGGUGUGGAGAAUUUUCAAUUUUCUACUCUUGAUUCAUUUAAAAUGGAGAAAAAUGAUGAUAUACGUGUUUGUGCUAAUUUGUGGAAUAAGGCAUGGAAUUUGAUUACGGAUACAGAACCAUCUGCUAUGUCUAAAGAACAACAUAAGCAGAGUGUUACUGAAUUUGUCUCUAGAAUAGCAGGGUUGCCAAAUGAGAUAAAAUUAAGAGCUUUUGAUUCACCCACAGUUGAUUUUGCUGCUACAGAAAUAAUGAAAUCUUUGCAAUUGUUGCAAAAGAAAAACACAGAAACAGCUAAGAUUUUUGCUUUCACAGACACAAUUUUUUCUAGGGAUACUUCAGCAGGUCUGGCCCCUAUUAACUAUGUGUCUCGUGAAGAAGGUAGAGGAAGAUAUGAAAAUAAUAGAAAUGGUAAUUUUAGAGGGAGGUCUAUGAAUAAACCACAAAAUUACCAGGGUACUAGAAAUUAUUCGGCCCCAUCCCAAGAUAGAUAUUAUAGGGUUAGUCAGAAUAGUCCUAUGAUAUGCUAUAAAUGCAACCAAGAAGGUCAUGUUAGGAGAUAUUGUCCCAAAAAUGAAGAAAAAUCUUACACAGUGAAAGGGAAAGAAAAUGGCAUUGUGCCAGGCUAUAAGAAUCUACAGAGAGUGGCAGCUGUAGAAACCGAAAAUACAUCUUCAAACCCCCCUCAAAUAUCAAAUCCAUAUGAAGAGUGUAGACGGAUGUUAAAUGCCAUUGAAAUGAAGGUGGAAGCAGUCACAAGUCCACAAGUGAAUUCUGCUUACCACACCAAUAAAUAGGGAUGUGUAACCCCUAGUUGUUCUCUGGUCUAUCUCACUGAUAUUACUCUGGGUGAAGAUGGAAGGCCAUAUAUUUAUGGAACACUAGAGGGGAAUAUAACAGAGUUUUUAGUAGACACAGGAGCUGCAGUGUCUUUAACCAACAAAAGCUUGCCUUUAAAAAUUGAAGCACCAACAAUUUCCCUUCUAAGUUUUAAUGGAGCACAUGCCCAUGCAACUCUAUCCACUGAUAAUUACAUCAAAUUUGAAGGAGGUAAAAUAAAUUGUGACUUAUGUGUCGACCUCUCAUCCCACUGUACUAUUUUGGGGAUGGAUGUUAUCAAUGGAAAAAAGUUGUAUGUGGAUUUAUUGAAUUUGGUUUUGUGGCAAGCUCCAGGUGAGAGCAAAUCAGGUGGAGUGGUUAGACCUAAUGAUUUAGGAUGGUAUAGUCAUGUCAUGUCUGUAAAACAGGGUGAAGUGUCAUCUUCUAUACAAGAUGAUGAUGAUUUUGUAACCUAUCUUAAAGAAAAAUACCCCACAGUAUGGUCUAAAUCUAAACAAGAUUGUGGGAGAAUGAAUUUACAAGUUGUCAUUGAAGGACCAGACCCUCCUGCAGUAAAACAAUAUAAAAUUCCAAAAGAAUCAGAAGAAGGUGUGAGUCAAGUGAUAGAGGCAUUGGUAUCUCAAGGAGUGCUGAGAGUGGGUAAUUCCAAAUGUAAUUCCCCCAUUUGGCCAAUAAUCAAGCCAGAUGGCUCUUAUCAUUUAAUUGUGGACAUGCGAGUGGUGAAUAAGUAUACCCCACCAGCAGCCCAUAUAGUGUCCUCCUCACCAGAUAUCAUGGCACAAGUAGACGGCAAUGCUAAGUAUUUUUCUGUUCUGGAUAUAGCCAAUGGGUUUUUCUCAAUACCAGUACAUCCAGAUAGUCAGUAUCGUUUUGCUUUUACCUUUAAAAAUCAUCAAUAUUUGUUCCAGGUGCUGCCACAGGGCUUCCACUCCUCGCCAGCUUAUUUUCAUAAAGCACUGGCUCAAGUAUUGGAACCCCUGGGGUAUGGGAGCAAGAUUUUGCAAUAUGUUGAUGAUCUGUUGGUUCAAACAGUAACAAGGGAAGAGCAUGAGCAGAUACUGUGUGAUAUUUGUCAAGCACUGGCAGAUAAUGGGUUAAAACUGAACACAUUCAAAGUGCAGAUCUUGAAAGAAAGCGUGGCUUUCUUAGGAGUAAAUAUAGAUCCAGCAGGUAAAACACCACGAACAGCAAGGGUUAAAGCAUUACAGCAAUUGCCAAGGCCAAUGACAGUGUCUGAUCUAAGGAAAUUUUUAGGUUUGGUAAAUUUUAGCAGAGAAUUCAUCUAUGAUAUGGCAGGAAUAGCAAAACCCCUGUACAAUAUGCUAAAAGAUAGUGCUAAUACAGAUAAGCUACUCUGGACAGAGGAAGCUGAAAAGAGUUGGAACCUGUUAAAAGAUGCUCUUACACAAGCGCCUGUGUUAGCUGCUCCCAUUGAAACAGUACCAUAUAUUGUUCAAUGUUACGCAGGUGUCUCUUCAUUAAUUGCAGUUUUGAUGCAAAGGCAACAUGGCUCCUUACGAAUACUGGGAUAUUUUUCUAAAAUCAUGUCUCCAGUGGAAAGGGGAAUGUUUUCCUGUGUAAAACAGCUUUUGGCUGUAUGUUGGGCUUUAGAAGCAACACAACACAUUGUAGGAUUUGGACAGCUAAUUUUACAAACCCCUCACACACCUUUAAAACUGUUACACAAUUGUUCUGAUUUAGGAGUACAUAGCCAGAGGGUAGCUCAUUGGAUAUUGAAGUUACAAGAUAAACCACUCAAGGUAGAAAGCAGUAAAAGAUAUGUUAUUCCUGAGUUGAUAGAGAUAAGUGGAACACCUCAUGAUUGUCAAAAGGAAUUAGAAAUUGAAUCUAAAUCUCCUUUUGAGAAACAAGCAACACAAGGGGCUCCUUGUUUGUAUGUGGAUGGUACAAGAUUUUAUGCUGAUGGAUCACAUCAUACAGGUUAUGCCAUUUAUGACGAUCAAACAAAAGAAAUGCAGAGAUAUAAAUUGCCAGGCCAUAUGUCUGCUCAGAGAGCUGAGUUAGAGGCUGUAAGGAAAGCUCUGGAAAUAACAGCAUAUGACCCAGUGAAUAUAAUCAGUGACAGCAGCUAUGUAGUUAAAGCUUUAACACUUCAUCUCCCAAUAUGGAGAAAACGGGGGAUGGUAGAUUCACAGGACAAAGCUUUAAAACAUGCAGGUAUUUUGGCAGAACUGUUUGACUAUGCAGGAAAAAAGGGUUUAACUUGUGCUGUUGUGAAAGUUCAAGCACAUCAAAACAGGAAAAAUAGGGAUGAAAUGGCAGAAGGAAACAGACUUGUAGAUCAGGGAGCAAAGGAAGCUGCUUUAAUAGGAGAGUUGCAAUACUCAGAAAAUGUAAUGAUUGCAACUGUGAGUAAAAGACCAAUAUCAAAUCCCCUACAAGAUCUGAAAGAAAAUCAGAGUAAAGAUGUAGCUUUCAGUAAAGAAACAAUGGAUUUAGAUACUGAAACUGGCUUAUACGGGAUUAAACAUGAGGAAACACAAACGUUUGUACCAUUUGUACCUAGUGAUAUAUUGCAGGAGUUGAUUGUAUUCAAUCAUCGUACACUGGGGCAUUUGGGUACAGAAAACCUGUUUAAGGUCCUGCAAAAUAAAUUUUAUCAUCCUAAUUUGAAACAAUGGUGUACAAAUAUAGUACAGGAGUGCCUCAUAUGUGCUCAAUUUAAUCCCAGACCUAAAGGUCAGAAACCAAAAUUGCAGAGAGUACCUUUGGCAAAAGGACCAUGGGACUCUAUACAAAUUGAUUUUAUUGGACCAUUACCUAUAGCUCCAGGAGGACUAAAGUACGGAUUGGUAAUUGUUGAUAUAUUCUCCAAAUGGGUGGAUUGUAUAGCUCUUACCAAUUGUACAGCGUUAACAACAUGUAAGGUGCUAUGGAAAUAUGUAUUUUCUGUAUGGGGUUUUCCCAGAAUCAUUGAAUCUGACAAUGGUCCACACUUCAUUGGAGAAGUACUUAAAGAGAUGUGUAAAUUGUUGGGGAUCCAACAAAGAUUUCAUGUCCCAUAUCAUCCACAGUCGGCCGGCAUAGUGGAAAGAAUGAAUAGGACACUGAAAUCUAGAUUGAAAAAAAUGCUUGAAGAUAAAGGGAGUAGUUGGGUAACACACUUACCAGGAGUUUUAAUGUCUAUUCGUGCAACUCCAAACUCCAAAACGCAAGUGUCACCUCAUGAGUUAAUGACAGGCAGAACCAUGCCAAUUACUUUCCCCAAUGAACCUUUUGUUCCAAGUACUUUCAAAGUUGCUGCAGAACAUGCUGAAUGGUUAAAAGUGUUACAAGAACAGCUGCAGUCAGUUUUGAAGUUUGCUGCUUUGAAUAUGGCCCCUUCUGGUAAACAAUGGGUUAAAGAUGUAACUCAGGGGAAUUAUGCAGAUAAAUUUAAACCAGGAUACAAAGUGAUGGUAAAAUCAUUUAGAACACCAGGUCCCUGGCAGGCAGGUUGGGAAGGACCUUAUGUUAUUCUAAAGAAAUUAGGACAAACUGUCUUACAGGUUCAAAGAGCAAAAGUUGGUAGGAAAUGUAAUAAAGCAAUUCUUGUGCAUAUUGAUCAAUGUAAACUCACUAAUGUAUAAGAAUAGUAAACUGCCAUCUGUUUUUCAUUACAGAAUCAAUAAUGUUUGUUCAUGGACAAAGACUGUUUAAUUUUAAAAAGGACAAAUUGUUUGGACUAUCAAAAGACACUAUGGACAAAAAGACUGCUCUCAUGAAUGCGAUUGGAGAGGACCUUACUUCACGGACUAAAUCAAACCGAUUGGGGUUUCUUGAUAAUGUAACCUUUAUAAAAUUGCAUAGCAUCAUACUGUUUUUAAUCAUGAUGAUGUUAGGUACAAUCAAUACCCAAGGUACAGGUACUCCAGAUUGUGAUAUUAGAGAUACUUUUUCUAAAUGUACAGCAUUCCCCUAUGAGUGUAAAGUGAGAUAUUGUAAGACUCCUGAUGUUGAUUAUUGUGGAUGCAUUAAUGCAGACACAUCUGAGGAUGCAAUAUCCGGUGCGCUCAUAUUCCAUGAUAACCAAGAACCAUGUAUGACAUAUCUAUCAGUUGACGGACGAAUUGAUUUAAUCAUUAAUAUUACCAAGGAUCGGACAUAUAUAAUGCAAAAUAAUACGGAGAGUAGGUGUGUGGUACCUACUGGUAUAGACAACACCCUUACCCUUACUAUGUUUAAUGUGAGAAGUGUCAACGAUGAUGGGUUAAAUUGCUAAAUCUACUUAAUAGAUACACUUGUUAAUCCUUACACAAAUGCUAAGGUAAAUAUUAUGACAUAAUACCACCCAUACUAAAAAGGACUGAUUCUAUUAUGAAAUAUGAUCAACGUACUUUAUAUAAUGUAAACAUAGGUUACGGAGUUGAUUUCUAUAAGCAGUUAAAGAACAAUGAAGAGUUAUUACAAGUUAUUGAUAAAGCUGCGACUGGAGUACAUAACACUUUAGUACAAAUACAUACAGUGCAAGGUAUGAUUAAAAGCAUUAAACAUGAUUAUAUCGAAGAAACCACAUCCUGGUGGCAACGGUGGUUUGGGGGACAAAAGACAGGAUUAGUUAUGGGUAUGACACACUUCAUAACUCAUCCUUUGGUAAUUUUGAUAAUUAUUAUUAUUAUGGUUUUAUUCUUCUUUAGUUGGUAUAUGUUUAAAAGAAUCAAUCGUUUACGGUCUCAACUGAUGGAUGUGGAAUACAGAUGUAAAUUCCUGACCACAAAAUUAAAGUUUUACAAGGAAUUGGAAUAAAUUAUGAUGCAUUAUAUUUACAUAAAAAGCAUCAAAGGGGAACUUGAAAAAUAUUUUUAUGAACUUUAAAUGUAUUCAACGUGUUGUAGGAAUGUAGAAAUAUUGUAAGUUAUUAUUUUAAGCAUAUCCAGACAUCGAGGGGCCUACCCAGAUAGAUUACUAUCAUAAUGUAAUUUAUACACAUACUGUAAUUUACACACAUAUGGUUUUAAGUCAAGAAUGAUGGAUGGAGACUUGUGGACCCUGUUGAUAAUAACCUUUGACCUAGCCUUGUAAGCCUGAAUUCCUGUGAAGGUUCACAUUUCUAUAGGCAAUCAUUCAUUCAUUCAUUUAAUUAGAAGUCUCAAGAAGGUCUUUGUGUGUAACUUACCAAAACAUCAUAACGUAUGGCUUUAAUCAUAGAUAUCGAAUAAUACUAAGUUACCACCUAUUUUUUCUUAGAUAACCAAUUAUUGUAAAGCAGGCAAACCUUAUGUCAUUAUGUAUACGCCCUAUGUAAUUGAAUUUUAAAUGUAUAUAAUCCAUUGCAGCUAGAAUACUAAUACCAACGACCAAUACCUUUUAACAUCAAGCUUGGAUAAGAUCUAGAAGUGAAUAUACAUUGUCUAUUGGUCCAUAUGAUUUUAAAACAGACUUUUGUUGUUACCGGAUG